AUGUUACAGAAAAAUAUUUUACUGGAAGUUCAAAUGUUAAGCGAAAUAGCAAAUAACGUCACUGUGCAUGUUGAUAAAAGACAAAUUAGUUACAACGACGUUUGUGGACGGGUCUACGGAAAAUGUUUCGAAAAUCCUAUUUCUACUUUGUUAAACCAUCCGGAUGAUGUGGUUUCAAAGAGACUGAAAUUCAAGUACCCCAUAGAUAUCGAUCCUUUAACGUUUUCAUAUAAGAUAAUGUUAUUCAAUUUAGGAGGUGUGAUCGUUGACGAAAACGAUUAUAUAGAAGAAGUAUACGCCAUGCGUUUUUCAUAUCCAUUGGAUGAUACUAACACAAGUAAAGCGGAGUGGACUAAAGCUUGGAGUAAAGCUCUUUACAGAAGAAUAAAAAAAUGCAAUUUCAAGUAUAUUGACACUUUUUUCGAGCCAUUCGCUUCGACUGAUGUUAAUGUUAUGUUAGAUUUGCAGGAGAUAAUACCAUUUAUAAGCGUCACCAUAAUCGUGGUAUGUCUCUUCAGCAUGCUGAGUAACAUGACUAAUACUUGGAUUAGAAGCAAACCGUGGAUGGGUGUAGCCAGUGUCAUAUCAGCCGGAAUGGCUGUAGCUGCCUCGUUUGGAUUACUAUUUGCGUGUGGUGUAGAAAGCACAUAUUAUAACGUUGCUCUCCCAUUUGCAAUUCUGGUGACAGAAGUGGACGAUUCUUUCGUAGUGAUUGCAUGUUGGAGAACAACAAAUACUCGUGAUCCAGUUGAAAAGCGGAUGGAGGAUACGUAUUCGAAUGCAGCAGUGUCCAUAACUAUAACUUCGUUAACCAAUUUUUGUUCUUAUUGUAUUGCAAUGAACUGCCCAUUUCCACUGACGUUUUUCGGAGGUUGUCUGGCUUUGAGUGGAUACACAGAGAAGAAAGGUCUUGAUCUCAUUUCUUGUAAAUCUGGUUUAGAAUGCAGCAUAACUAAUAAUUAUGAAGAAGCGAUGCAAGAAGAUAUUUUCAUGAAGUUCUUCAAAGACAAAGUUGCGCCGUUUUUUCUUUAUUCUUCAAGCAAAAUUAUUAUAUUACUUGUCUAUAUCGUUAGUUUAUCAUUUAGUAUAUGGGGAAUCAUUUCUUUGAACGAAGGUCUUAAUGUAUUCGGUUUUUAUCCCGAAAAUUCCAAAAUCACCCGAGCUUUUAGAGUAUAUUAUAACUAUUUUACUAAAUAUCCGUUUAGUAUUCACAUAGUGAUUAACGAAACUUUGGAUUAUUCAAACGAAGUCGUUCAGAAAUCAGUAGAAGACAUGAUUAAGAAGUUCCAGUCUCAUCCGAACGUAGCAGAUUUAGAUAUUUCUUGGCUAAAAUAUUACAAUGAUUUUCAACAGCAUUCAGCAGCGAAAUAUUCUUUUAUGGGAUACGAUUUAUCCACUAAACAAGAUUUCAUCGAUGCUUUACGAAAUGUUUUUUUGAAAUUUCCAGGAGCCAAACAUUACCAGAACGAUAUCGUAUUUAAUCAUAAUUAUACGGAUAUUAUUUGCAGUCGUUUCUUUCUUUUAGCAAGAAAUGUUUCGGAUAGAAUCACGGAGUCCAAAUUAAUCAAAGAUAUACAAAAAAUGGCGGAGGAAUUUCCUUUUAAUGUUUUUACACACACCCUGAUAUCGACAUUCGUCGAGCAAAGUAUCAUUAUUAGAGAGGUGGUCUUUCAAUUUUUUUGGAUGACGUCGUUAAUAAAUCUUGUUAUUUUUAUUUUCUUUAAUCCAAACAUUUUGUAUUCGGUUGUCGUUGCUCUGUGCAUUUCGUCUAUUACGAUACAAACUCUGGGUUAUAUGUCGUUGUGGGGUGUCGACUUGGACAUCGCCUCUAUGUCCUUCUUUGUAAUUUCUAUGGGAUUUUGUGUUAAUUACCCUACUCACAUAUGUUAUUCUUUUCUCACUUCGUCAGAUAAAACCAUAAAAGGGCGCAUUCUCAACCGGUAUAGGUGUGUUGAUAGUUUUGCACAAAACUGUGUUUCUGAGUAA